AUGAUACAGCUCAUUCUUUCCAAUAGUGCACGGCAAACGACUACAUCUGCGCGUUCGUUUCUUCUGUCUUCGUAUAUUGUCAAUGGAACAAAGACAACACUUGCCACUUCUUCCCAGACACGAUGGAAGGCGAUGGGAGUGACUGCACGAGUCUUCAGCACGAGUACCGCAGCCAGCGAUGCGAGGUCGCGGCUUGAAAUGGCGGAAGCCGCGCUGAAAGAGUUUGAGAAGAAACAUGAAGAAGAGAAAAAGAAACAUGAAGAAGAGAAAAAGAAGCUUGAAGAAGAGAAAAAGAAGUUGGAGAAGAAACUUGAAGAAGAGAAAAAGAAGCUGAAAGAUAAACGAGAUCUAUGGGAGAGUAUCUUGACAGACGCGUUGCGCGCCCCCAAGGCAAAAAGAACAAUUGAGGAUUCUUUUCCCAAUGGCCUUCCAUAUAUUAACCCUGACUCAAAAAUGUUACUUAACACUUCUGGGGCUAAAUGGGAUUAUCAACUAUCUGAUGAAUUGUGCCACCAACUCCGACAUAAUCUAAUGCGACAUUACAACUACUACAUCAAAAAUGAACGAGACAAAUCAACCAUGCCUACCUAUUUUUUCCUUGCUGGUGCUGGUACUGGAAAAUCUAGGAAUGCUGCUGAGUUUCAUUUAACAACAAUUAAUUGUUUACCAACAACAAUGAAUGGGGCACAUGAACUACAUAAAAGACUUAAUAAUGCUUGGGUGUUUUAUACCACCUUGGAGAAUGGCAUCCCCUGGACUUCAACUGAUGAACCAGAUCAAUAUAAAGCCAUUGGCAGUCGGAUGCUUUACCAACUUCUUCAUGACACAACUACAUGGAAUGAUAUUCUCGAAACCUAUGAAGCACCAACCCCAGAAGACAUCUUAUGUUUGGUUGCCAAACAUUAUAUAUUAAAUAGCCAUGAUACACUAUCUACAGGAAAAAACUUGACAUCAGCUGUUACCCAAUACUUAUCUAAUGCUACAGUUAUACUAGUUGUUGAUGGCUUACAAAAGUUUAUGUCAAACCAAAAUGAUAGGCAAGACAAAUUUUACCAGACUUUGUCACAAAUUGGAAGUCUUUGGAGUACAAAUGCUUUUGUACUUCCAUGCUGUACUGCAACAAUUACUAGUCCAAUUAAGACCUUUAUCAAGGAUUCACACCAGUGUUACAUAUUUCUGCCAGUUACUUCUCUAAAAGUUCCAACUAAAAAUUCUGUACCAAUCUUUCAGAUAAAUGAUCCCAUUAUGAAAGUCCUUAUAAGUGAUUGUGGAGGACAUGGAAGAGCUAUUGAGACCCUGGAAACAUGCUUGUCUGGUUGUGACAUAAGGGAUUGUGAUGCCUCUGUUUUAAUGAAUGAUUUACACACAUCUCUUAUUAAAAAUUAUUCUGAAGCUAUUAGUUCUAUGACUGCCACUGAUGCCCUGGCAAUUGUAAAAGCAACCUUAACCUGUCAACUCUUGAAGGCUGACCAAGUUGUUCCUGGAACAACUAAAUGUCCUGAGGAGUUUGCCCAGCCUGGGUUAAUCUGCUAUGAAAGACUUGAUGAUUCUAAUGAAGGAUACCUUGUCUUGCCAUAUAUCUGGUUUUGGAUAUUGAUGGAGCAAUAUAGACGAGCAUCUAAGUUCAAUCAGCAAGAAGAAUUAUUUCAAAGGUGGAAUUUUGAUGAUUAUAAUGAGCAUUUGUCAAAACAAGAGGGAGACCCAAUAGUUUGUUGGCAGGCUUUUGAGAAGUUUAAUGCAAAAAUCCGUGUUUUCAAAUCUCAAAUGCUAGAGGAAGGCGAGUUAACAUCUCUUGCAAGAAUACAUGUUGGAGCACGGUUGAAGGGCAACAUCUCCUUCAAAAAUCACCAUCUAAUCCUUGACAAAGCUGUAAAACAAACCAAGACAUCUACAACAGCUAAAAACUCUAAUAAUUGGAAUGUGGAAUGUGAAAAAUGCACUGUAAAUGCACGAGAGGGCAGGUACUGCAUCAUCAAUGCAACAGGGGCACCAGUAGCUGAUUAUUUUCUCUGUUUGGAUGCAGACAAGGCUUUAAACGAA